CAAAAAGAAAAUUUCGUGGCAUCGAUCGGUUAGCAUCAAUAGAUUUUGCUGAAGUUUUUCUAAAAUAUAGCACAUCUGAGUGUUUAAAGGUUUAGCAAAAAGUGCUAGGUAUUUGUUGUAAAGCAAAAGUACUAGGUAUUUGUUGCGAACAACUUUAAAAAACAAGUAUAAAAGGUCUAAAAACGCUGCUGUAGUACGCGUUUACUUUUCGUUUAUUUUUUCACGUUUCUUCCCUUCGGCAAGAGAAGUGCAAAAUAUGUGUGUUUUAUUACGACGGGCGUCGAAAAUAAGAUGUCUACACCUGUAAAGCGUAAAAUUACACUCGAGCUCAACCCAAACAAAAAGGUACUUCCAAAGGAUCGCCCUAGCGUGUUCCAGCGUCUCGGAACAAAAAAAUUUCCUCUUCCGGCAUCAUCCUCGGGAAUAAUCGGACCCGGAAAGCAGCAUCAAGAACAGGAAUCGAAUUAUUUCCAGGGAAUCAACAAGGAGGAAAUAGUAAAACGCAUUGUGGGUUGUGACGAACCAGAAACACCAGUAUUACCACCAAAAAUCGUUCCCGAAAGUGUAUCAGCUCACGCCCGAUUAAUUGAAGCUCAGUUAGCUGCAAAGCUUGGAAAGGCGAUUGUCAGUCGAGGUGAAACUAUCGGCGGAGUCAAUCCUGUUCCGCCGCCAGGGCCCGUAUCGAACAAGCACGAAACGGAACGCAGUGGUGGUCAUAACACUUCAACUGCCAGCGAUCGUGGAGGAGGUGGUGGUGGUAGUAGUGGAAACAAUAUUUCCGUUCCACCUGCCAGCGCAGGAGGGGGUUGGGAUCAAUCCACUCUGGAGAAUGCUGAUCAAGACAUCCUAGAGCGCAAACGCAAAGAACUGCAACACGAACUAAAGCUGGAGAUGGAUGCCAGCGGAGGUGGAAGUAGCCACCACCACCACCAUCGUCAUAUGUCAUCGGCGAUGAAACAAAAGUCCACCAAGGAGACGGUGGUGGUCAAAAAAAUCCGAAAAGUACCGGUACCCCGCCGAUCGUCUUCUAGUUCGGAUAGUUCCAGUAGCAGUGGUUCGGAUUCUUCUGAUUCUGACUCGAGCUCCAGUUCCAGCAGCUCUAGCCGGGAUUCUCGCCGAGUCAAGAAAAGAGUCAUACGUCAACGGCGGGAUUCUAGUUCUAGUUCAGAUGGAGGUAAAAAAGUUAUUAAAAAGCAUACAAAGAAAGUAUCUACCGACGGAACAAAACGCAUUCUGACCAAAAAAGCUGGAACUCAUUUGACUACCAAGAUUCGUGUUAAAAAGGUGACAAGUCCCGGUGGUACCAGUCACUUACGCAAGAUAGGUCGUGAGGUAUCUCCCGGCGGAAAAACAUCUGCUAAGUAUAUGGUGAAGAAAGUAGUUGCUUUGAAAAAGGAAAAACAUGCAGCCGUUGUUGAUGCUCGCGAACGUGUUCGUGAAAAGGAACGAGAAUUAGCUCUUCGCGAGAAGGAACGGGAGAGGGAAAAAGAACGAUUGCGUCUUCGUGAGCGUGAAAGGGAACGAGAGCAUGUAAAGAGUCGUUCUCCUCGAACACACAUUCGAUCCCGUUCUCCACGAUCGCGAAUUUCACCGGCAGCGGUAUCAACUUCAUCCCGCGGCCGGGAGAUGGUAAAGAAAUCACCUGAACCGUUGCGUUAUCGUAAACAACCUGCAGUUAUAAGGCGCACUGAGCGUUCUCCGGAACGACUGGAUGAUAGAAGAAGACAUGAGGAUCGCGAACGGCGAGAGCGACAAGAACGAGAACUCGCCAGAAAUAAGGAACGUGAGGAAGCUUUGGCGCGUUGUCAGGAGCGACAACGGGAACGUGAAAGAUUAGCCGCUGCCAAGGAGAAACCACGUCGAGCUGUUGAGAAAGAUGGGGAUGGUGGAUUAGAGAAACCUGAUAGACACCGUCCGGUAGAACGUUUACUACCCCGCCCGGCGGAACGAGCGAGAGCAUUAGCAGCUGCUAGAUCGCCUGGUAAAAUUGAUCAUGACCGUAGUCGAACACCGAACUCGCCGAGAAGCCGUGACAGACUUGUUCCUCGAGACCGGUCAUAUGAUCGAGGGGUUGUCGAAAGAGGGUACAUUGAGCAUCAUGAACGGCGUAGUCGUUCCCGUGAGAGAGAAUACGUUACGCCUAUAGUUAGAGGUGCACGAUCACGAGAUAGUCCUUUCGAGCGUCAUGUGCCACCACCGAUUUCAGUGCGAGAAGUCCGUGAUUAUCGGGACCCGGAGCCACGUAGUUUCAUAGAGAAAGACCGCCGUGUCCAUGAUUACAGCCGGACCGAAUAUCCUGAUGAUCCUCUGCCACGUCGAGAGCACGAAAGAGAGUGGGAACGGGAUCGUGAACGUGAACCGGAUCGCGGCCCAAUUCAGCGUGGUUUCGACAGACGAGGAGAUGAUCACGCUAGAGAAUGGGAUCGGGACCACAUUCAGGCAUCGCAUAGUCACAGCCAUAGCCAGGAACCGUACCAGGGAACAUCUCGAAGCUGGGACGAUGGUCAUUGGAAAGAAGCAGACGGUUGGGCCAAAGAAAAAGAACGCGGUGAAUGGAAGUAUCAACAGGAACGCCAAUGGGAGCAUGACGAUCUUGCUGCGGUUGGACCGUCAGCACACACACACGUCCAUGGUGGAGGUCGACGUUGGCAACAGAGUCAUCCUGAGCAAAAUCAAGGCUCUAAUUGGCAUGCAAAACCUAAGGAAGAGAUGGACUUUGUCCCACGGCAUAAAUUAGCAGGAAGACUUGGCGAAGCACCCAAUGCUGGAAACGAUCGUGGGAUGUUCCGACGUCAUCAUCCUGUUCAUCAACCGAUAUUCAACGCUGGGCGUAAAACACACAUUGGGAUCGGACCGAGCCGUUUCGGAAAUCAAAGCAAAUAUAGUAUUAAUCGUACUCAGCAAAAUCUAAGCGUUCCGCAUCAACAACACCAACCGCAAUCAACUGGAUCGGGAAAUCAGCACCAACCGUCUGGUCCAAGUACGUCGAUGCAACAGUCGGGAAAUGAAAAUCGAGAAAUUCUCACUCACCGCUCAGAAGUGGUGAAAUUGUCACCCAAACCAUCCGAAACAUCCGGUCAACCGGCAUCGUCUAGCAUCGGCAAAUUAGCGGAUACCGUUGCACCAGUUGCUGCUGUUGCUGAAUGGGAUGAUGAAUUGGAGACUGUCGCACCCCCUCCUACUGUCUCAGUUACUCCGGCAGCGGUUUCGACGACAACGACGACGACGACUACGGCAGUGACUAAUGUCUCGGCUACUGCUUCUGAUGCUGAUGCGGAAGCAGCUCCAUUUGUGUCGCCCAGUCUAGAAAAGGCUCCCGAAACAACAGCUGCUGAUUUAGCAUUGGAUGAGGAUAACCUCAGUGAAAUUAGUGACGACCUGGACGACAUUCUGACAAGGGAAGAGGAUGACGACCUGAACAAUUCCCCGACUCAGCCGGGUACGGUUGGUUCAUCGGAUGUUUCCGCAUCGGUACCGCUGUCCAGUACGGCGACAUCUCUCGGCACCUCAUCGUCGGCGACGAUUUCAUCACAGGUCCUGCAGCACAAUUCGCAUCAAUUUCAACAGAACCAACAACAAUCUUCGCGGCCUCUCCCCAGACGUCCUUUUUUAUCUAAAGCUCGGUACAAAUCAUACGAUGGUUGUAUCGGUGGUCCAGGUGCGGGAUUUCCACCCGACUUUUAUGCCAGCAUGGAUGAUGGCAAUAAACCGUCCUUUCCGAUCGACGUGACAAGUCAAUUGAACGAAUCACUGAGUGAUGACAAGCAGCCAUCGACUGACCACGACGCUCUCCUUAGCCAAGGCAAUAGUUUGGAGAAUGUCUCAACGAGCGAAUCACAACAGCAUCCAUCGGGUGGCAAUCAUCAAGAAGAAACCGGAGCUUCGGCCAUAUCCGAUCACGAUCCGAAGGACGCCAAAGAAGCAGGUAAACUUCACGCCAACAAGGAAUUGAAGGAAGAGAUGGAUCUAGACUUUGAAGAAAUUUCCGAUGGUGAACUGGAGGAAGAGAACAAAGUUAAAGGUCUUGGAGAUGCUUUAGGUGUAGACUGGGCUAGCUUAGCUCACGAAACACGUGCCAAAUUAAAACCCGAACAGACAAUUCCCGUGUCGGCACGCAACCGUUGGAAGGCUCACCACAUUCUAUUGGACAUUGGAAUAUCUGUGCGACUUGCUGGGGAAGCAUACGCACAGCGUGUUCUUACAGAGUCCAAGGAAAAGUUACGCGAAGAGAUUGAGGAGUUCAAAGCGGCUGCCGCUGCUGCCGAACAACAGAAAGUAGCCGCUGUAAAGAAAGAACAGGAAGAACAACUCUUCAAUGGAAUAAAAAUCAAAAAGGAAGUUUUGGACGAAGAAGAACAAGAGGCACAAGAAGAACUAGAACAAAAACAGUCUAUCAUUAAAAGUGAGGAACCAACUCCGACCAGUGAGACCAGUGAGCAGGAAGCGAAUCUAGCUGGAAUCGAUAAAAUUCUUCAUCCCGUAGCAUCCGUUCACGUAGCCAUGCGCAAUCGUGCACAGGCACGUCGCAAUCUCAUAUUGCGAUCCUCGGGAUCACAUAGUCGUGCGUUGAGUGCUCGCCGGGAUCUGGAGAUUCGACGCCAGUUAUGCGGCUUUCCACCGCAGGAAUGCAAUGAGCGCAUUACCGAACAUCAAUCGAUCCCCACUAACCCAGAAUUGCACGAGACAGUAAUGAAACUUUUUCAAUCUACGAUGCAAACGAAGAAGAUAGAGGUGCAGUAGUAAUUUCACUGAAAUUGUCAUGAUUUUAGCCUACGAUCGAUGAAAGUUUCUAGAAUUUAAGCUGCUGUCCUAUACAUACGUUAUUGAAUGUUUCCCCUUCAGACAUAGGUGGACACUAGCAAGGCAUUUGAAAAAAUAUGCUAUUUUAUUUGCUUUUCACCAAUUUAUUAAAUUGACAUUAUAUCGUCUUUGCGACAAUUGUCUUCUCCCUUGUGUAUCGGAUUAUAAUAUCUAGAUCAAAAAUAAAGUGAUUAAAAUUAGGUCAUCCAACAAA